AUCCCCGCGCGGCUCCUGUUGUUGUUGUUGUUGUCCUGGGAUCCCCGCGCGGCUCCUGCUGCUGUUGUUCCGGAAGCUCCCGGCUCCUGCUGUUUUUGUUGUUGUUGUUGUCCCGGAAGCUCGCAGCUCCUGCUGUUGUUGUUGUUGUUGUCCCGGAAGCUCCCGGCUCCUGCUGCUGUUGUUCCGGAAGCUCCCGGCUCCUGCUGUUUUUGUUGUUGUUGUUGUUGUCCCGGAAGCUCCCGGUUCCUGCUGUUCAGCAUCUGUGUUCCUGGAAUCUCAUUGCGCAGCUCCUGGUCAGGAUGGAAAACCUUGAGAAGUUAUGUUUCUCUGCUGUUGUCAGUAGCAACUUCCUUGUCUCCACCAUCAUCUUCUCCAUGAUCAGCAGGGCUCAGAGGACUCCUUACAUGGACGAAAUCUUUCAUGUUCCACAAGCACAGAAAUAUUGUGACGGGAAGUUCUUUGAGUGGGAUCCAAUGAUCACUACUCUACCUGGCCUGUAUCUGGUCUCCACUGGGAUAAUUAAGCCCAUGACAUGGCUGCUUGGCUGGACAGGAAAUGUGGUCUGUUCCACAGGGAUGCUGCGGUUCAUUAAUCUACUCUUCAGCACUGGUACUCUCUACUUGCUUUAUCUGCUUGUGGGCAAGAUACAUCAGAAGGACAAGGCAGCUUCCCCGUUCCAGAGGAUUAUGACACCAUUAGCACUUGCUUCGUUCCCUCUACUUUAUUUUUUCUCAUUCCUCUACUACACAGAUGUAGGCUCAACAUUCUUCAUCCUGUUCGCUUACCUGAUGUGUCUGUAUGGGAGUCAUAAAACUGCAUCCUGCCUUAAUUUUUGUGCUGUCAUGUUCCGUCAGACGAAUAUCAUAUGGACUGUGUUCUGUGCAGGAAGUGUUGUUGCACAGAAAUUGACUGAAACAUGCAAAACUAAUUCAGCCAAGAAAAAAGAUGAAAAGCCACUUUCUGUUCAUGAUUCAACUGCAGAAAUCAAGAAAAUCGUGCUGUUCCUUUUAGAAUAUGUCAGAUCUCUGAGCAAUCUGAAAGUCCUGAUACUUCUGAUAUGGCCAUAUUUUGUCUUGGUUGUGGGAUUUUUGGUCUUUGUCUUCCUGAACGGAGGGAUAGUAGUUGGUGACAAGAGUAGCCACCAGGCCACUCUGAAUUUUCCUCAGUUGUUCUACUUCUUUUCAUUUACCCUUGCAUUCUCUGUUCCUCACCUGGUUUCCCCUAGUAAGAUCCUAAGUUUCUUGGAUUCAAUAAGGAAACGUAAAUUAUUGUACACAGGUCUUCCUCUUGUCUGUCUGUUUUUAGUGUGGAAGUUCACUUAUGUUCAUAAGUACUUGUUGGCAGACAACAGACACUACACAUUUUAUGUUUGGAAGAAUAUAUUUCAGCGGCAUGAACUGAUGAAGUACUUGUUGAUUCCAGGAUACAUCUUUGCUGCCUGGACCUUCAUUGAGUCACUGAAAUCCAAAUCAAUAUUCUGGAAGUUGGUCUUUUUUGUCUGUUUGGUUGUUGCCACAGUUCCACAGAAAUUGUUAGAGUUUCGGUAUUUUAUUGUACCUUACCUCAUCUACAGAUUGAACAUUCCAAUGCCCUCAGGUUUUAAGAUUUUUGUAGAGUUGACCAUCUAUGUUUUGAUAAAUGUAGCAACUAUUUACUUGUUCCUAAAUAAAACAUUUCAGUGGCACGAUAGGGAAGAAGUUCAAAGAUUUAUGUGGUGACAUUUGUGGACACAUAUUUUGGUUCUGGGGAGGGAAAUCAGGUACUGUAAGAACUUAUGAAAUUGCUACACUAUAUUUGGAAGAGUAUGCCUAUCUAAGGGUUUCUCUUAGUUUCUUUGUCUAUGUUCUUUUUCUUUUUUGCUAUGAUUUUUUUAAAAAUCUUGUUUUGCUAAACCCUGUAUUAAUUAAGCUUGAAACGAAUCAUGUUUGUUUUUAAUCAUUUGCCCUUUCUUCAUGUUGAUUUAUCAUCUCACAAAAUGUGAUGCAAGUCAUUGGUGAUUUGAUUCACUCCGAAAUGUAGAGUUACAUUUUUCAUAUCUUGGAGUAAGAUAAUACUUAUUUUGUUUGUGACUUCUGAUUAACCCUAGUGCAACCAUCUUUAAAAUUGUUUGUUGUCUUUGUGAAACUGGGUCCUGAUCAUUGAUAGACAGCUUCACCUAUCAAAUAGGUCAAAUGCCAAUGUACACUGCUGUACUAUUGUGGAGUAUUAUUUUUUUCAGUAUGUGCUAAAUACAUAAGAAUGAAAGUUAAUUUCUAUAAA